AUGUCCGCGAACGGGUCAGCGGCGACCGAGCCGCGGCUCUGCCACGUGCGGAAGUCGCCUGACUUUGACGGAUACGGUUUCAACCUGCACGCCGAAAAGGGGAAACCUGGGCAGUAUAUCGGUAAAGUGGAUGAAGGCUCACCGGCAGAGACGGCGGGGUUAAAACGCGGCGAUCGCAUCUUGGAGGUAAACGGGCAUAGCAUCGCGGGCGAAACACACAAACAAGUGGUAGCGCGCAUCAAAGAGCGGCCUGACGACGCCGAGCUUCUGGUAGUGGCGCCUGCGCCCGGCGAUCCGGUACUGGAUCUGGACGCUGUUCCAAACCGUGUCCAGUCCGCUAACAGCGAGCGACGCGAAAGUCCGCCGCCCUCUGAGGCGCCGCGGCUCAACCUGCAGAUGACCGCUGCGGAGAUGCGCGCUCACCUCGCGGCCAAGAAGAAGGUCGACCCCAAGAAGGUGCCCAUGGACCUCAAGUCCAAGUUCGACAUCGUCAAGAAACUGUAGCCGCGAGUGAAGUGUAGUGGUGUUGUGCAUUGUUGUUAUUAAUGUGUAGUGUCGCAAUGUCACAUCGCGUUUGUACAUAAUGGCCGUAGUAGUAUGCAAUGAAGGUUGCAUGCGCGCGCGGCGUUGCCAGCUCGCGCGGGCGGGCGCCCGCGACCGGGGCGCGCGCCAUGUCUCGCGGCUCCCACGCCCUCUGAUGUAAAAUAUUUUAUGCCUUCCAUGAAUUGCCAUUGAAUAAAAUUAUUGUACAUACAUGUAGUUGCUACAAUUCGUUUAUAUAGUAAAUAGGAAUAUUGAUUUUUAUAUAUAUUUAUUUACUAUGUUCGAAUGAAAAUAUUUGAUUUUAAUGUUUUGAUUUAUUACUGUAGAAUAACUUUAUUAACAUUAAGUGCAAUUAUUGUUGAAUGAUCAAUAAAUAUUAUUUUACCCG